AAUUGUUGGAGUGCCAGCUGCUGCAGGAGGGCAGACGGUCCAUAUCCCCGCUCGGAGGCUGAAGCCAUACAACUGUCCUAUCCCUGACAGGAGCAGGAAGGCCAAGGCAGGACAUGGCACUGCCAAACCAGACCCAGGUGCACAAGUUCAUCCUGACCGGCCUCACUGCCAGCCAUGCCAUGGAGCUGGCUCUCUUCACUUUCUUCUUCAUCAUCUAUGCACUGAUCUUGCUGGGAAACAGCCUCAUCAUCUUCACCAUUGCCUGCAACCAGCGGCUCCACAUGCCCAUGUACUUCUUCCUCAGCAACCUCUCCUUUAUCGAUGUCUGCCACUCCUCCGUGGUCAUGCCCAAGAUGCUGGCUGACUUCCUGACAAAGCAGAAGGUCAUCUCCUUUGGGGAGUGUAUCACCCAAAUGUUCUUCCUCCACCUCUUUGCCUGCACUGAGAUCUUCCUUCUUACCAUCAUGGCCUAUGACCGCUAUGCUGCCAUCUGCCACCCCCUUCAUUAUAGCACCCUCAUGAGUCGCCGCGUCUGCCUGCAGCUGGCCACUGCCAUGUGGCUGGGUGGUCUGGUCCACUCUGUGGCCCUGACUGCCCUGACCCUCAAUCUGCCCUAUUGCGGCCCCAAUGCCAUCGACAACUUCUUCUGUGAUGUGCCCCUGGUCAUCAAACUGGCCUGUGCUGACACCUACGUCUUCGAAGUGCUCAUCGUCUCCAACUCAGGGCUGAUCUCCGUGGUCUGUUUUGUGGUGCUGGUGGUCUCCUAUGUGGUCAUCCUAGUCUCACUGAGGAACCACCUCUCCGUGGGGCGGCACAAGGCACUGUCCACUUGUGCAGCCCACCUGACAGUCGUCAUACUCUUCCUGGGCCACUGUAUCUUCAUCUACCUCCGCCCUGCAAAGAGCCUGGCAGCUGACAAGGUGGUGUCCAUAUUCUUCACAGCUGUCACCCCACUGCUCAACCCGAUCAUCUACACCCUGCGCAAUGAGGACAUGCAGAAUGCCCUCAGCAAGCUGCGGGGCUGGCAGGUCAAUGCCAUGGACAAAUGAGACUGGGCCAGGGUGGGAUGUCAAUGUCCUGUCUGACCUGUCUUCCCUGCUCCCCUGUGCCCCUGCCUCUGGACAGCUCAUUGUCUUCAGGUCUUGCCUUCACACAAUGUUUGCUCAAGGUAUAGUUUGGGUUGAUCCCUGCCUUCACUCCCAAAAGAGCUCCUGUCACAUGGAGCUUCCCACUGGAACCGCCCAGCCCAGCCCAGUUGAGAUGUUGGGCUAUGGUUUGAAUGCCGCAGACAGGUCCACGGGGGCUGUGCCCUGGAUACGUGGUUCUGCUACCAGUCCAUGCAGCCUGGAGGUUUUUUGAGUGCUUAGCCCAAACUCAGACCCCGUGGGGUUGUUUCUGUUAGGAAGGGGAAUGGGUUACACAGGACGGAUGUAGUCCUUAUCAUUGGCAUUAGGGUGGGGAUGGGAAAUACAUGCUUCUAUUUCCCCAAACGCAGUAGAAAUGACCACAGCAGCCUCUCCCAGUCUGACCCUCCAGCGAGCCCCUUACCCAAGAAGCUCUGUGUCACUGCUUCCUCUCAUGGAUGAGCAUGCAACUCCCCUCCCCUGCUUCCUGAACCCAGCACCUACAGCCUGCACCUUGGUACCUGCCUGUGGGGGCAGCAAGGGCAUAGCAGUUCAAGAGAGUGCCCUGUCCUUUGCCUCUUCAUGAUAACCCAGUGUGAUGCUGCAGGAAGACUGGGGCAUUCAGCUGUGCUGAACAAUAACCCAGGGCUGUGCUACAGGGUCAGAGGGUGGGGGAGACCUGCAGUUCCCUCCAACUGCCUCACACAGGCAUCCCUCUUGGGACCCAUAAUAGCACAAUGUGCCUAGCCACCACAGCUCAUGACCACUCUUGGGACCCAUAAUUGCACAAUGUGCCUAGCCACCACAGCUCAUGACCACUGGCAGCAGUGAGGCUUCACCAGGGAGGGGCAUUCUCCAACCAAGCUGUUUCAUCCCAUCAGAAGCUGUCAUUUCAACCUAGUUGGUGGGUUUUCAUCCUGGUUGCACUGGGAACAUUUGGGUUUUUUACAGUGAUUUGGUU